UCUGAGAGCAGAGCCCAUCCCAAUGAGACAGCCUGGAAAAGGCGAGAGAUAACGAGACAGCUAGUGAACGAGGUUAAAGAGACGUCAAGCAAUAUCCUCAGCCAGGGGCUGAGCUCUAGAAGUAUCCUGGGGCGGCAGCUGGCUACAUACAGUCACAGAUACAGAGGAAGGGAGAACCAUUGAAUAAAGAGAGAAGGGAAGCUGAGAGACGGCUCGAGAAGAAGAGACAUCCAUGGGGGUGGAAAAGGUGCCGGUGGGGAAAUGAUGGCGAGACAUGAGAGGUGUGGGAGAGCCUCCUGCUGAGAGGGAAAGAGAGAAGGAGCCAGAAUCACUACACAGGAAUGCUGUUCGGGAACCAUAAGGGCCCUCUAGGAAAUACCAUGAUGUCUAGUUAAGGUGCCCCCUACACACCCAGAGGCGGGUUACAGCUGUCUCUCCUCGCCUAAAGAUGUCUCGUGUUACUGCUGCCAACGAGAGGAUAAAUGACACGUCUGGUUCUACCCGUUCAGAAAAGGCUUCUGCACCUUUAUCCUGGCCACCUCGACCUCCAGGAGCCCGGUCCAGAAGUUCAGCUCCAGAGGAGCCACAUGUUGGGAAUUACAGACUCUUAAGAACCAUCGGAAAAGGAAACUUUGCCAAAGUCAAGCUGGCAAGACAUGUCCUUACUGGACGAGAGGUUGCUAUAAAGAUCAUUGACAAGACACAGCUGAAUCCCAGUAGUCUGCAGAAGCUAUUUCGUGAGGUUCGAAUUAUGAAAGGACUUAAUCAUCCCAAUAUUGUGAAGCUGUUUGAAGUCAUUGAAACUGAGAAAACGCUUUAUCUCAUCAUGGAAUACGCCAGUGGAGGUGAGGUUUUUGACUAUUUAGUGUCUCACGGACGCAUGAAAGAGAAAGAGGCUCGUGCCAAAUUCCGGCAGAUUGUCUCUGCAGUCCAUUACUGUCAUCAGAAGAACAUUGUUCAUCGUGAUCUGAAGGCUGAGAAUCUCCUCCUUGAUUCAGAGUCCAACAUAAAAAUUGCAGACUUUGGGUUCAGUAAUGAGUUUACUCUAGGUGGGAAAUUAGACACUUUCUGUGGUAGCCCCCCUUAUGCUGCUCCUGAGCUUUUUCAGGGAAAGAGGUACAAUGGACCUGAGGUGGAUGUCUGGAGUCUAGGAGUUAUCUUAUACACAUUGGUCAGUGGAUCCCUUCCAUUUGAUGGGCAGAAUCUUAAGGAACUCAGAGAGCGAGUUCUGCGUGGGAAGUACAGAAUUCCAUUUUAUAUGAGUACAGACUGUGAGAGUGUUCUACGAAGAUUCCUAGUGCUAAAUCCAAGCAAGAGGUGCACUUUGGAGCAAAUAAUGAAUGACAAGUGGAUGAAUAUUGGAUUUGAUAGUGAUGAUCUAAAGCCAUAUAAAGAACCAGAGGUGGACAAUGCAGAUUCCAAGCGCAUUGAGAUCAUGUUGGAAAUGGGUUACUCACGCGAGGAGAUUAAAGAUGCUCUGAGCACAAACAAGUAUAAUGAAAUAAUGGCCACAUACCUGCUGCUUGGAAGGAAGCCUGACAGUGAAGGAGGAGAGUCUCGUUCAGACAGCACCCUUUCACUCUCUCGGUCCCGUGUUGCAUCAGAUGUUACCAACGGUGCCACCAAGUCAUCAUCAGUACACAGCAAAAACCAGAGAGGCUAUCAGAGGCAGAGAAGACACAGUGACUUUUGUGGUCCUGCCCCAGCUCCUUCCCAGGCCAAGCGCAGCCCCCCUGGUGUAGGUGACGAUGGUGCUGUUGGAGAGCGUCUUGCCCCCCGGCGGGGUAGUGGAUCAGUGGGUGGGUGCAGCCGGCCUCCCCCUCCCUCAAGUCCCAUGGUCAGCCAUGCCCACAACCCCAACAAGGCAGAGAUUCCUGAGCCACGGAAGGAGGCCCCACCAACCACUAUGAAUACUCCACCAGGAGUGAUGGGUCGCAGAAAUACAUAUGUUUGCACAGAUCGGCACAGCUCUGACCGGCAUUCACUUCUCCAUAAUGACAAAGAGAACAGCUCAACCCCAUCUCGUCCACCUGCACUUUCACCAUCCACACAGAGUAUUGCAGAGCGAAGCAGUCUUUCCAGGGGAUCCAAUGUCCGUAGCACUUUCCAUGGGGGCCAUGUGAGGGAUCGGAGAGGCCAAAACCCACCCCCUAGUUCUCCAACCCACCCUCAUGAAGGACUAAAUCAGAGUCGGACCCGAGCCACGUCAAACCUGUUUAGUAAACUGACCUCCAAACUGACCCGCAGGGUCACAGACGAAUCUGAGAGAGUCUGGAGAUCUGAGGUCACAGGUAGCUAUAUACCUUGGAAUAAAGCGUCGGCCAACGCAAGCCUGCUCAGACCUCCCAGGGAUGUGAGAAGGUCAGCUCAGCGCCCCCCCUUGCAGUCUACAGAAACCUCCAUUGCUCCCAACAGCCCUUCCUCGAUAGGAAGGCCAAGCCCCCUACCAGGCAAGCUACGCCCACUUAUCACUGUUUGGACGGUGGGACUUUAAGAAGGGGAGGCCUGCUCUGUGUGGAAAUAUACUGAGAUGCUGUGACUCUUAAUACCGAGACUGUAUCCCUUCUAGGAAUAAUCAUGCAGUCUUGGACAGCCACAUGAACACUUUGCCAUUGGGAUGCUGUGCCUUUAAGAUGGACACUUACCGAUUUCUCUGGAUUGCCACACCUGCUACUCACUAUGGAGAUGCUGUGGCAUUGCUGAGAGUAGCAGGUCCAUUUUAGUCUAGAAGACACGCCCCUCUUGGAUGUGCCAUGCCCCAUGUGCAUCUUGGGACAGCAGUACUAUAACAGGAGUAUCUGUGAAAUCAUAAGGGCAGGGCUCAUGUUGGACACAUUGUUUCUUUUAGAUUUGGCCCUUUCCGCUGUGCCAUGAUACCAUCAUAAUGUAUCUGAAGUUACCAGGGGAACAUGCUGGAUCAGUGUUAUGUGAUUAUUAGCAAGGUCUACCCCUAAAAGUAAUCAUUUCCCCUUUAAUGAAUCUCCCCAAGUAUAGGUAAUUUUCCCUUUUAACAAACCUCGUCCUUUAUUAAAUACCUCAAGUCAUGCUCCCCCAGAUUAAACCCUCUAUUAAUGAGAACCUAACUUAUUGAAUUUCCCUUUAACUAUCCCAUUUUUUAACUGUUUUUCUGCCAUAAUGCAUUUGUCUUGGGAAUUUCCCCAUAAGUCUAUUCCCCUCUGAAUGAAGCUUUCCCUUAUCCACAUGUGCUCCUGCAAACCACUUCCCUGAUUUAUUCUUAAUCAAAAGUUGCCCUUUCAAUGAUCUGUUCUGCUUCGUGAAUGAUCACCUGUUUCCUACGUCACAGGCUAAUAUGCCAACAAGGUUUCUACCCUGUUAUUUCCAGCCUUAAACAAAUAUUUUAUCCUCCAA